GAAAGAGUGCAUCCUGACAAAGUGCACAGUCCAGUUGUAUGAUCAAACUAGGCGGAAAGAAUGUUUCGCAAAUCAAUUUGUGUUAUCACAUUAGUUUUUCUAAGUGCCAGGAGCACUUUUCAACAAAACAAACAACAAUGUGGAGUGAAGAAUAGUGCCUGGAGCAACGCAAAUAUCGGCGGAAACGUCGCCAAAUCGGAAGCUUGGCCUUGGCAUGUCGCCUUAUACUACAAAAAUGGCCCGUCCGUGGAAUACAUCUGCGGAGGAACACUCAUCAGCCCUCAUUUCGUAAUUACUGCGGCGAACUGCUUGAUUAAUAAGCAAAGAAGAUACGAGCUUCCGCCAGGAAACAUCGCUGUACGACUUGGAAUCUACGAUUUGAACGACUUGAGCACACAACAGCAGCGCGACAUUCUUAGGAUUCAUAAAACCGGUGAUGCCGUAAAUGAUAUUGCUGUGCUUGAGUUGUAUACGCCUGCAGAGCUUAACAGUUAUGUACAUCCAGCAUGCUUGGGCUUGGCUCAUAACCUUAAUGGACUCCACGGAACAGCCAUCGGAUGGGCCAUGACGGAGAACAAUGAGUUUAUGACGACGGUGCAAAGUGCUAGCAUUCCGGUUGUGAGCUCUACUAGUUGCGUCGGAAAUAACCCUAACACUGCUGCUCGGCAACCUUUGGAUAGCAAAGUCCUUUGCGUCGGUUGCAGCCACGGCAACAGUGUGUGUGCUGGAGACAGAGGUGGUGGCGUAUUCUUUGAACUAAGCGGUGCCUGGCACUUGGGAGGCGUUGUUUCGCCCGGAGUGCAACAUCAAGGUGCAACGAACCAACAGCAAUCGAAUACCUAUGCUGCCUUCACUAACAUUGCCGCACAUCUACCUUGGGUAUUGGAGAAGACUAAGUUGAGUAAGAGCGAUGUAGUUCUAUGACAUCCCCCCACAUUGCUAAACAUUUUUCCACCUAUUUUAGACCCAAAAGCUGUGCAGCCCCCUCAACCCGUUUCGCCCGUUUCGCCCGUUCAGCCCACUCUACCACCACCGCCGGGCAGUGCCGAUUGUGGCCCUGCCUGUCGGAAUUACAACUGCCAUGUCGAUGGCCAACGAUGCAAUGCCAAUGUCGCGCACGUAACGGCCGUUCACCUCGCCCAUCGAGAUUGUAAAAAGUUCUACACCUGCAAGGAGCGAUCGAAUGUCAUCUGCGAAUUCGACUGCCCCGCCGGGUUGCACUUCAACCGGAACAAAAACGUUUGCGACUGGCCGUGGUCGGCGGGAUGCGAUCCUUCGAGCAGUGGGAAAUAGAGUAUAAUGCAAAUACCCGUGUAAGAUAUAUUCGUAAUUAUUUGACAUAAAAUAAAACGAGAAGAAGUUGUAGUGGCAAACUAACAUAAUAAAAUUA